AUGGCGAGAGAUUCAUCCCUUUGCAUCAUACUAGUCUCUAUCUCCAUUUUAGCAUGGCUAUCGCCUUGUGAUGGCAACACCCCUGCCGGGAAUUGCUCAGAGUCUGAUAGGGAAGCUCUAAUUGACUUCAAAAAUGGCCUUCAUGAUCUCGAUAAUCGCCUGUCCUCGUGGCAAAGAAGCAAUUGCUGCCAGUGGCGAGGAAUAGGCUGCGAUGAGAGGACCGGAGGGGUAAUAAGCAUUGAUCUUCACGGCGACUCUGGUACGUGUGGUUAUUGGCUGAGUGGAGAAAUUAGACCUUCAUUAGUGCGACUCAAGUCUUUGAGAUUCUUGGACUUGAGUUCGAAUCACUUUUAUGGCAUUCCAAUUCCUGAAUUUCUUGGCUCUUUGGAGAACCUGCAGUACCUAAACUUGUCAAAAGCCGGGUUUGAAUGUGCAAUUCCUCCAAAUCUAGGAAAUUUGUCAAACUUGCAGUAUCUUGAUCUUUCUUCUGACUUUUCUGGCUUAAGUACUAAUAAUCUUGGGUGGAUUUCUGGUCUUGGUUCUCUAAAAUAUCUUGCGCUUGAUAAAGUGGACCUCUCAAUGGUCGGUUCCACGUGGAUCAAUGUGCUAAACCAGAUUCCGUCGUUGUCUGGGUUGCAUCUGUCCGAUUGUCGCCUAUCUGGUUCGAUAUCAUCACCUGGUUUGGUGAACUUCACUUCACUCGUUGUUCUGGACCUUAAAUCCAACAGAUUCGAUUCAGAGUUCCCUCAAUGGCUUGUGAAUGCAAGCAGCCUCGUUGGCGUUGACAUGAGUUACAGUGGUCUAUAUGGAAGGAUCCCUCUUGGUCUAGGCGAGCUGCCACGUUUGCAAAUACUAAUUUUAUCUGGUAACAAUAAUCUCUCAGUCAGUUGCACUCAAUUGUUCCAAGGAUCGUGGAAAAGGAUAGAAGUUAUGUAUUUGGCUGGUAACAAAAUACAUGGAAGACUUCCCACUUCCAUCGGGAAAAUGACCACUCUCAGUGAUUUUGACCUUUCUGAGAAUCUUGUCAAGGGAGGAAUACCGAGCUCAAUUGGUUCACUUUGCAGUUUAGUUAAUUUUGAUUUAUCCGACAAUAACUUGACAGGUACUUUGCCGGAAAUUUUGCAGGGGGGAUCUGAAACUUGUGAUUCCCUGAGUCCUCUGCCUAAUUUGAGGUACUUGAGACUGAGCAACAAUCGGCUAAGGGGUUAUCUGCCAAGUUGGGUGGGCCAACUUAAAAACCUCGAGAAACUUACCCUUGACCAUAAUUUUCUUGAAGGGCCGAUUCCUCCUCUUGGGACUCUGGAGAACCUCACCAAUCUGGGCCUUGGUAGGAACCGAUUAAAUUGGACUCUUCCCGUUGAUCUGGGACAGCUUUCCAAGUUGGACUAUUUAGACGCGUCUUACAAUCAUUUGUCGGGUAUACUAUCGGAAGACCAUUUUGCAAAUCUACGCAAGAUCGAGACCUUAGAUCUCUCAUCCAACUCUUUCACUUUAAAUGUCAGUGCCGAUUGGAUGCCUCCGUUCCAAGUCUGGGAACUUGGCAUGGGAUCGUGCCAGAUUGGUCCGUCUUUCCCUGCCUGGCUUAGACAUCAAAAUAGGAUCAAGCAUCUUGGUUUUUCAAAUGCCAGCAUUUCGGGGCCUGUGCCAAGCUGGUUUUGGGACAUUUCUUCCAAUCUUUCUCUCCUAAACAUGUCUCUAAAUCGGUUGCAAGGCCAAUUACCUAAUCCAUUGCCAGUACCUCGUUAUGCAGAAGUUGACCUCAGCUCUAACCUUUUUCAGGGACCCUUACCCCUUCCCACUUUUGAGAUUAAUUCGUUAGACCUCUCUAAUAACCAAUUUUCAGGUGGCAUUCCGCAAAAUCUAGGCAAAUACAUGUCAAUUUUGUUCUUCCUCUCCCUUUCAUCUAACAGAAUAACAGGUGGGCUCCCAGAAUUUUUAGAGAAUAUGCAAUGCAUUGAGGUCAUCGACUUAGCAAACAACAAUUUGAGUGGAAGCAUUCCUCCAAGCAUAGGGAACUGCUCAACACUAGAGGUACUCGACCUGCAAAACAAUUCUUUAUCUGGGUUGAUACCCGCGUCUUUGGGCCAAUUACAACAGCUUCGGUCUCUACACCUGAGCAACAAUAAGCUUUCAGGAGACCUUCCAUCUUCAUUCAAGAAUCUGUCGAGCUUAGAAACACUAGAUAUUGGCAACAACCAAUUGAAUGGCACCAUACCUAGCUGGAUGGCGGAGGGUUUCAUCAAGUUAAGAAUUUUAAGUUUGAGGUCCAAUGCAUUUUCUGGAGAAAUUCCUCAUGAGCUCUCAAGUUUGAGCUCAUUGCAAGUACUGGAUCUCGCAGAAAACAAUUUGACAGGUAACAUUCCUUCAAGCUUUGGAGAUCUUAAAGCAAUGGUGGAAGGGCGAGAAAGAAACGAGUACCUAUUCUAUGGGAAGUUCAGAGGUGUGUAUUAUGAAGAGAACUUCCUAGUGACUACAAAAAGCCAGCCCCAACUAUACACCAAGACUCUUUCCCUUGUCACUAGCAUAGACAUCUCCGGGAAUAAUUUAGAUGGAGAAUUUCCAGAAGAAAUUACUAAACUUGCUGGAUUGCUCAUUUUGAACUUAUCAAGGAAUGGCAUUGGUGGUGAAAUCCCUGAAAGCAUUUCGAGCAUGGGCCAAUUGGCAUCCCUUGAUCUUUCAAGCAACAGGUUUUCUCAUGCAAUCCCCCAAAGCAUGCUGUCACUGUCAUUUUUGAGUUAUUUGAACUUAUCCAAUAAUAAUUUCUCGGGCAAGAUUCCUUACACACAACAGAUGACGACAUUCAACCCUUCCUCAUUCUAUGGAAACCCGCAACUUUGCGGUGCUCCCCUUAAUGUCACUUGUCCAGCCAACGAACCUGACAAACCAGGGACAACCGAGGAUGGUGGCAGUGAUGAUGAGUUCAUCGAUCAAUGGUUUUACUUGAGCGUUGGCCUUGGAUAUGCUGUUGGUAUCUUAGUUCCAACCAUUGUCUUGCACAUCAAAAGUUCUUGGGCGGAGGCAUACUUUGAUCUUAUAGAAUUGCCGAAAGGUGGUUGCCGAUUGGAAACAGGAGGGCAAAGCUUCGAAGAAAUAGGCGACAAGGUUGAAGGUAAAUGGUUUUCGAUCCUUAUUCUAGAAGACUCGAACCCUUGA